CAUAAGUAUCAGUGAUUUCCAUAUUAGUAAGUUCCAAAAAGAUUAACAACUUCAAUUUUAGGGCAUUCCUAAUUAGUUUCCCGGGCUUUCGAAAUGGAUUCAACGAGGGAAUAUGAAAGUGCUGCUGCUCAUCAACAUCCCAAACGGAGACGUGAAGAAGAUACUCAUCAACAGCCAGACAAAUUUAUCGUUACUGGCGGAAAAUAUUUGAGGUUCGCACUGGACAUAGAGAAAGAGAUUGUGCCCUGUGUGGCUAAAUUUGUCCAAAAAUUGGUGCGCGAGGAGAUGGAACCUCUUCUAAGAUCAAGACAAACUAUGAAUGAGACUGGCGCACAUGUGGUGAAAUUGUUUGAGCUGGUUUUCAAGAAUGAUUUACCUGCCACAGUGUUUACACACUCCAACAUCAAAGCUAAAGAUGGAAGCCCUAUUCAGAUUGCUUUAUACGAUGCUAGGUCUCAGCUAAUAGUCACUGAUGAUCCGCUACUAUCUUCCAUUAAGGUCAAGAUUUGUGUCCUUAAGGGUGAGUUUGGUGGUGAUGAGAAUGAGAAUUGGAGCACAACGGAAUUCAAGGCUAAUAUCUCCCGAGAAAGAGAGAAUAGAAGCAAGUUACUGAAAGGAGAUACGGUUAUUACACUGAAGAAUGGAGUUGGUUAUAUCGGUAAAAUUAUGUUUACUGAUAACUCCAAGUGUACAUGGAGCCGCCAUUUCAGGUUAGGAGCCAUUGUGUCCUCAACUUCCCAUGAAGCUAACAUCAAAGAAGCCAUAAGUAAUCCUUUUAUCGUCAAGGAUAGUAGAGGAGAGUUGAAUCAGAAACAGUACCCUCCAUCCCUAAAUGAUGAAGUAUAUCGUUUGGAAAAUAUAUCAAAAGGUGGGAAAAUCCAUGAGCGGCUGCUUGAGAUUGGAAUAAAAACGGUUAAGGAUCUGCUGCAGCUAUACGAAACCAAUCCAACUUUAGUGCAAGAGAAAUUUGGUAAACUUUCAAGAAAGCUAAAGGGAACAAUUGAUCAUGCUAAAACCUAUACUAAUGAGGAAGUGAUGAUAUCCCAUGGACAAAAUGAUAUGCCUUUGCAAUGUAAUUUGCAAGUGCUUGAUCAAUAUUUGCCAAACGCACACCAAGGUUUAACCUAUGAUGAUGAUCUUGAUUCGUCCCUUCUUGGACCAACCGAUCAUGAUGGAGAAUGAUUUUUUCAGAGCUUAAAUUUUUAACUAAUAUUUUCUUUUCUUGCAUGGGAUCCGAAUCAUAUAUAUUGGGUGUGGGGAAAAGAUGUACAUAAAACUUGGGUUCUCUAGCUGCCCAAAAAAGGCCACAGGCUUAAAAGAUGAAAAACAGAAUGUUAAGAUUAGUAGUUGUUGGACAAACGCUUGAACGGGUUAGGAAAUACUUGUAG